AUGUCCGAAGCAAGCGUGGAUGAAGCCCAAUUCGUCGAAUUCUUCAUGUAUGCCCCCCUUGAUGCACAAAUUAGGGGUGAUCUUCGUUUUGGACUUAUCCUGUACUUUAUGAGAAUGCUCAACUGUGUUGGUUUUAGCGACUUCAUUCCAGACUUAGUGGUGACAGGUUCACUCUGCGGGAUGUAUCUUGCCCAGGCAGCAUUUGCAUCAAUCCGAGUCUAUGCUAUCGAUGGCCGGCGGUGGAUGAAGGCCACCAUGGUGAUGAUGUUGGGACUUGUACCCGUUGCUCUCAAUGUUUAUUGCGCCGUCGAAUACUCAUUCUCCACUACCGAGGAUCAUAUAGCAGUGACUGCGCGGAGUAGCAGAGGAUCCAUCACUGUUGUGUUAUUUCGCGAUGGUACUGUCCACUUUGCGCUGGUAGUUGUACUCAAUGCAGCCGACCUGGUGGUCACAUUCCUGAUGGGAGAAACACUUGACCUGUCCCAAGCCACAGAAUGGAUCAGUACCGUGGUGCUAUGCCGCUUCUUCCUCAAUCUUCGCCAUUUCUCCAGCAGCCCCGAUGUCAAUGACAACACUGUAUCCUCCCACAGAAGCUCGUUCUCAAGCUUCGCAUCCAGAAUCAUUGGCAAUUUGGGCGAGAUGCUCGAGGACGAGCCUGGGGCUCCUGACGACGACUUAGACCACGAGCUAGACGAGCUCAAUGAUGCGGGAGAAGUCAACACGGAAGGCAACCUUGAUGACAAUGCAAAGGCUCCCUCAUAUUUCAACAAGGCUCAGACUCGAACAGCCACUACGGCAGCUUGCAAGCAGGAGAGCGACGAGGGAGGCGCUGAUGAGCGGUUAGAUCAGCUUGCGAUAGGCAUUGUCCAGAAUAAACGAGGGCGGUCGGAGCCUGUCAUCAAUCGAGACGUGCGACCAGCUCAGUCAUGCCGGAAUGUACAUGGAAGUCGACUGCCAGUGGUUUCUGCACACCUUUCUCCUGGCGACUAUACCUUGUACAUCAAGGCCGGGUGCGGAAACGCAGAGCGUGCAGGGCACGACUCAUGUGUCACCGGGCCCUGGCGCGCAUCCCACGAUGAGAUCACUAAAAUCCUCAGCUUUGCCUUCAGCGGCAUGAGAAUUGAGCCCUCUACAGCGCCGGAGAACGACGAAUGGGGUACUGCGAGAGACCAGGCUGGCGGCGUUACCCGGACAUUCAAUGUCGUCGGCACCGUGGAUGAAAUGCUCGAGGAAGGCCUCAGACAUUUGGCGAUGACUGGAAUCAUGGGCUACACGACCUCAAUGACACGUGAGAACUUGACGACCCAAACGAUCUCCACGAUAUCUGUUUCCGACGCCGAUAAAGCUCGGGCUCAAAUAACCCCUCUGAUGGACGAAGCCGUCGCUAAGUGGGAGACUCGCAAGGGGAAUGUCGUCGAGCGCAAAGUCUUAUACAAGGCCUUCAACCAUUGCGCGAUAAUUAUUUACGCCAUGGACGGAAUACUGCCGCUUCCCGUAGUGACAUUCUUCUCACUUCAUACAGAGCGACCAAGACUAACUUGCAGCGACAAGACACGUCGUCCCGGCCACGCGAGCAUGAAGGUGGAGCUGCAGCAUAUCACUAUCAAUGAUCGGCGAUAG